UGAAACCAAAGAAAAAUGGCCUACUUAAUGUUGAAAUUUCCGGGUCCCAAGCUUCACCUCCUCCCAGUCUCCCUCAGACCAAAUAAGACUACUGCUGCUUCCUCUUCCUCCUCCUUCACCAUGUGGCGGCUGCCGGCAGCUAGGUCCGGCGGGCUGGGCAUCGCCGCCAUUUCCUACGUGGCAGUCGACUACCUCCGCCACCUGUCCCCCACGUGGCACCGUCGUCUUAUGCCGGCCCUCUGGACCGCACUCGCUCUCGUCUCCGUCAGCCGCGUCCCGUUCUACAAGCACUGGAGCUCCGAGUUCCGGUCCGUCAAAGCCUUCGUUGCUUCCAUGCUUUUUAUGCUCCUCACUCUUCUCGUUGAAGCCGCCUGCGUUCGAUUCGUCACCGCCGUCGUCGGCCUCGAAUGGCACAUUGAUACAUCUCCUCUUCCUGACACUGGCCAGUGGUUUCUUUUGGCACAGAAUGAGAAACUACCUCAAUCAGUAGUCGAAAUAUUGAGAGCCCGUAUUAUUGGACUGCAUCACUUCCUCAUGUUGUUUAUGAUCCUGGCUUUCUCGGUACUGUUUGACUCUGUGAAAGCUCCUGGCCUUGGACUAGGUGCACGAUAUAUGUUCACCAUGGCCAUUGGCCGUAUUCUUCGUUCUAUAACUUUUGUUACAACAAUUGUACCAUCAGCCAGGCCUUGGUGUGCUACUGUUCGGUUUGGAAUUCCUUUAUAUCCUCAUCGUUGGGCUCAGAAAUAUUAUGUCCCUUAUGCUUCGGAUUCCGAUGCUAUUCGCCAGUUGAUACGAAAGGAUAUGGCGUUUGCUGAUACUGGAAAAUUAAUUGGCGACUACCGUCCGGACUGGGGUCCCAUGAGCUUCCUGAUUGAUUUUUUGCGACCCACCGUAACCGAUGGAUCAUGGUAUAAUUUGCUGAGGACCGCUGGAGGCGGCUGCAAUGACCUCGUGUACAGUGGGCAUGUUCUAGUUGCUGUAUUGACAGCUAUGGCUUGGACGGAAGCAUAUGGUGGUUUUAGCUCGGGCUUCAUAUGGUUACUUGUCUUGCAUUCUGCACAGAGAGAAAUACGGGAACGAAACCAUUAUACUGUAGACUGUGUUGUAGCUAUAUAUGUGGGCAUCCUCCUUUGGAAGGUGACAGGUUUUCUCUGGUCAGCCAAUGACACAUCCACAGGAAGGAGGAUCAAUGUACUGGAGAAAAUUCAAAAUCGACUUACCCAAGCCGCUAAGGAUGACAAUAUGGAUGAAGUGAGAGAACUCCUUAGAGAGGUUGAGUUGGUCAGUCAAGAGAACCAGAAAGCGCCGAGCAAGGCUAUGUGGUUACUUGGUUGUGGUAUUGUAAUUUCUGCAAUCACCAUCGUUCUUCUAGCGUUAGUAUUGACGAGUGAUGGAUAACUUUCCAGCAUGAUACCCUUCCACAGCUUAGGAAGUUGAUCAUUUUAGUUCCAUGUAUUGUAUGUUGUAACAUUAUAGAUGCAGUGUGUUUCACCGUAGCGCGCAGGUUGAGAUUUUGUCAGAUCGAUGCAGAAAUUUAACUUCAGUUUUUUUCUGGUGAGUUGAUAUAAAGCUAGUGAAUGAAUACAAUUAGUGAGCACCGAUUUUUUCUUUC